UCUACACGCACUUCCUAUCCAUUCUCACUUCCGUGUACUUUUGCGAUAUAUUUUUUUUAUUUUUCUUUCUUUCAUUUUAGAGAGAGAAAAAUGUUGGCAAUCUUGAGCAGCUCUGUGGUGUCGCCUCCCGAGGAGUUGGUAGCCGCAGGCAGUCGAACACCGUCACCAAAGACAUCAGCAGCGAAACUACUGACACGUUUUGUGGAAAGCAAAGCAUCGGCGGUGUCGCUGCAGGUGGGGGAACAUGUGCAGUUGGCUUACACACACCACAGCGAAUCACCCUGGCAUCCUAGAUCAUUUGCUGUUAAGGAUGAAAUAUUCUGCUUGUUUGAGGGAGCUCUUGACAAUUUGGGCAGUCUGAGACAACAGUAUGGACUGGCCAAAUCAGCCAGUGAAGUGAUUUUGGUGAUUGAGGCUUACAAAGCUUUGCGUGAUCGAGCACCCUACCCUGCCAAUCGUGUUGUUUGCCACCUCAGUGGGAGCUUUGCUUUUAUAGUUUUUGACAAGUCCACUUCUACAGUCUUUGUGGCUUCUGAUCAAGCUGGUAAAGUUCCUCUCUUUUGGGGAAUUACAGCUGAUGGAUACGUAGCUUUUGCUGAUGAUGCAGACUUGCUUAAAGGUUCUUGUGGCAAGUCGCUUGCUUCUUUCCCUCAAGGAUGCUUUUACUCUACAGCAGUUGGAGGAUUGAGAUGCUAUGAGAAUCCAAAGAACAAGAUUACUGCAGUACCUGCCGAAGAAGAAGAAAUCUGGGGUGCGACUUUUAAGGUCUGGUUUAGGUACGACGUCUUUGGCUGGCUGGGUUAACAAGAAAGAAAUUGGAAACUCCACCACACAAAAAUAUUAUAUAUUUAUUUAUUUAAUUCCUUACAGCUUGACUUCCAAAAUUUAUUUUUGCAUUCAUGGUUUAUGUCUUGACUCUGUUGCUCCCUCCAUAAAUGAACUUGGAUGAAUGAUCAGGUGGAGGGAUCAACAGUUCUUGCAGCCACAGAGUACUAGAUCCAUCUUGGAGUACAGUAUGGUGUGAUGUGUUAAUGGAGUGAUGACUGUAAGGCAUGCACAAGGGACCAUGUAAAUACCUUUUGGUAACUAUGAGAAAAGUGCUACUGGUAGUAAUUGUUUGUUCAUUAGAUAGGAUUUACUAUGUUUCUGGUGUACAGUUGCGCUUUCUGAUGUAAUAAAAAUGUGCCUGAGUUUCUCUCA